CAAGCUUUAAAACACCUCGCAAUCUCACUAUCUGACAUUAUUUCAACAAUGAUUUUGUUUCUGAUUCUGAUCGUCUCGGCUGCUGCCUUUGACAAAGCAGGACUUAAGUCCGGUCUUCAGUCAACUGAAGGACAACUCAGGCUGUUCCGACAGUGGACUGACAAAGAACACAGUGUCUACAGUGCUAAGGAAAAGAAAUUCAGGUUCCGAGUGUUCAGGAAACAUCUCCAAGAGAUAGUAGCUAUUAACGAUGCUCAGGAUGACUACGAGUUGGAUGUUAACUUCAUGGCUGGUCUGACCGAGGAGGAACAGUCCCAUUGGUACGGUAUCAACAUCACAGCUCUCCCCGCACCGGUACAAGAGGCUGACGACAGUGUGCUCCUAUCUAACGGACCUACCGCUGGAAGUAAACUGUGGAGAGAGGAAGGAAAAGUUACCGGAGUCAAAAACCAAAAAAGUUGUGGUUCAUGCUGGACUUUCGGUGGAAUGGUUGCUUUUGAGGGACACUACGCUAUCAAAACUGGUGGUCUAAAGAAUUUCGCUGAGCAGGAAUUUCUGGACUGUGUUUAUGAGGGACAAAGAGAUGGUUGUCAAGGAGGAUGGUAUUGGCUCGCUUUUGACAUGAUCAAGAAGACCCAGCAUCUCUCUUUAACGAAGGACUACCCUUAUGUAGCUCGGGAUGGCAGGUGUCAGACCAAGAGUAAACCUAAUGGUAUGAAGGCUGCUCAAGUGAUUGAAACAGUGCGACCUCGCCGAUCUAGUGGGGACGGUAGUCUGGUACAGGCCUUGAACGAGGGACCCGUUGCCAUGGCCUUCGAGAUCAAGGGAGGAUUCAGCUACUACAAGACCGGAGUUCUGUCAGUGAGGAACUGUGGUAGCACACCUCAUCACGCUAUGGGAGUCACUGGAUACACUCCUGAAUUCUUCGAGAUCAAGAACAGUUGGGGCGCUCAUUGGGGAGAUGGAGGCUAUGUUAGGUUCGACAGGAAGAUUGAGAACAUGUGUGGUAUUUCAAACUGGCUGGCUUACCCCAGACUCAAAAAGACUGGGGAUGACUCUGAUGAUGUUGUCCCUACUGAGGAUGACGGUGGUGAUGACGGUUGUGUAGACAAAAACGAAAGAUGUGAUGAGUGGGCUAAAAGGGGCGAGUGUAAGGAUAACUACAGGUAUAUGGGACUCAACUGCCAAAAAGCUUGUGGAAUCUGUGGUUGUAACGAUGCCCCUUCCUUAGCUGAACGCUGUCCUGGGUGGAAGGAUAAAAAUUACUGUAAGGCUGGCUACGUAACCUUCAUGAAGUAUAUGUGCAAGAAGACGUGUGGACACUGCGAAGGUGAUGACGAAGGUGAUGACAACAAGUGUCCUGAAGGUCUCAAGUUCUGUAAUGGCGAGUGCCAGCAUGAGCACUUAUGCCAUUAACUCACCACGUGUCAUGACGUCACACACCACGUGUCAUGACGUCACGCACCACGUGUCAUGACGUCACGCACCACGUGUCAUGACGUCAAAAACUACGAGACGAAUACCUCUGUGAUUCAGUUCUCUUCAGUUUGACUAUGAUCUGUGAACUAUAA